AUGGGGAACUCGUACGCGGGCCAGCUGCGGACCACGCGCUUCGAGGAGGUUCUGCAUAACUCCAUUGAGGCGUCGCUGAGGUCCAACACUGUCGUUCCCAGACCGGUCUUCUCCCAGCUGUACCUCGAGACUGAGCAGCCGUCCGCACACGAUGGCCGUGCAGAGAAUGAAGACGAGGAUGAUGAAGAUGGCUCAGCGUCGAACAGCCCCCCAAUACCCUACCAGAUGAAGCCCCCCCCUGAGGGAUGCUGCACCACAGAUGGUUUCUGUCAGGCAGGCAGGGACCUGCGUCAGUCCUCGCUGGCGUCAGAGACUCUGGAAGUUCCUCCUGGUUUCAUGCUGGUCGGGAUAAAGUCGCCCUCUCUUUCCGAGACCCUGCUGGUGUGUGCUGUGGACCGCCGCUUCCUGCCUGAUGAGCGGGGUCGUAAUGCACUGCUGGGCUUCUCUGGGAACUGCAUGGGCUGCGGAGAGAAAGGCUUUCGUUACUUCACAGAGUUCUCCAACCACAUUAACCUGAAGCUCAGCACCCAGCCCAAGAAACAGAAGCACUUGAAGUACCAUCUGUACCGAAACAACCAGGGCGUGCUGGUCAAAGGAGCUCCCAUCUGCUGGAGGGGCCACGAUGGCAGAAUGAGACAGAUGGGCUCCAUCCUCGCAGAAAACCAUGUGACAUCUGAUGAGCAGCCACCAAACCUGGCAUCACACACACCAGGCAGCUACACAGGAUCACAUGUGGACCCUACUGCUCUGCCGCAAAUAGCCGACCCUCCCCAAACACUGACAAAUGGCAACCAUGCUGUUCCCUCCGUCACCCAGCCACCUUUAAAUCAAUCAGGGCCCGGGAGACCCUCAGUUACAGGGACACAUGCAAAUGCUGGACCCCCCAAAAAGAGGCACAAGGGCUGGUCACCGGAGUCGGCUGCCAACAGUCUGCCAGAGAGCACUUUAAAGACGCCGCCAUCUUCAUCAGUCUUGGCAACGCUGUCCGUGUCCUCUGCCGUAACACAUGGAACCAGAUCAGAGCCUGCAGCCCUGCUGAGUUCAUCACAGCACUCCUCGACCCCGCUCGCUCCCCCGGAGCUGUCUGUCACCGUGCCUGAUCAGCUGCUACACACCUGCAGACUGCAACCUGUCGUCUUCAAAGGUCACGGGCCACUCCCUCAGCUGAUGGGUAACGUCGGUGAAGUGCUGGUCAGUUCUCUGCUGCAGAGUUGUUACCUGAGUUCCCAGGCGCUGCCCAGAGUCUACCAGCACUACGGACCAUCGCCCAUCCAGCCGCUGUCCACGGAGAUGCAGAUUCUCCUCACAGUUUACUACCUUGUUCAGCUAGGCCCUGACCAAGUGCCCCUGAUCGAGGACCUGGAGCAGAUAUUCAUGAGGUCGUGGAGGGAGUCUCACCUCAGUGAGAUCAGACAGUACCAGCAGCCUCAAACACCAGCCUCCCAUGGGAGGCACUUUGUCGUGGAGACCCCCUCCUCCCUCCCUGGGCUUCCCCAGCACCUCAGUUUACCUCCUCAGAGCCAACAGCCCCUGACCUCCAGCCAGCUCCCCUGGCUCGCCCAGCUGGCUGCGUCAUCCUGUGGAGAGGGCGUGGUCUUGUUAGGGGACCAGAUCAAAUCUCUGGCUCAAGGCCUCCAAGAGACGUUCAGCAGGUUAAUGGAAGGACGCCUUGAAAACACCAACUACGUGGUGAUUAUUGUCACUGCACCGGGACAGGAAACACAGUCCUGUGUGGUGGUCACAGGUAAACAUCAGUGUCGUGCCUUGGCAGAGAGUAUGUACUCUCCCACUGAGGGUCUGAAAGAAAUCAAUCACCAGCUCUCGACUGGAGUCGCACAGGAGCUCAUCCACUUCUGCAAUUCACUGGGACAAGAUGGCGACAUGGACUCCCUCCUUGACAGUGCCACGGUGGACAGCAACGAGCUGUCUCCUCUGCUCAGCAGUCAGGAAUCAGCUGAAGACAAGAGUCUGAAAAGCUCCCACAGCCCGAAGGAUUCACUCACACAGAGUUCAAAAGACUCAAACAGUCCCAAAGAGAGAGCUUCAAGUCCUAAAGACGCCUGUUCAGAAUACUCCGUGGAGUGGCGUGAGGUUCGUCCCAUCCAGCUGGCAGUGGCUCGGAAGCUGCUGUCCCAUGUCUGUGCUAUAGCCGACUCCAGCACACAGAACCUGGACCUCGGCUCCUUCGACAGGGUCAGCUUCCUCAUCCUGGUGCCGCCCUCAGAGGUCACGUUCCAGCAGACUGUGCUCCACCUCAGGAGCUCCGGUGUCCUCCAGGAGCUUGGUAGUUUAGACCAGGAGUCCUUGUCUCAGGGGGAAUUUGAGCGUUACGUGGUGAAGAUGGAUCAGAGCGCUCAGGCCCAGAUUGACAGCUUCAUUCAGGAAGCUUACAGCAACACGUACACUUUGCACAUCCUGGUCCAUGACCACGCCCACUGGGACGUCAGCAGUUCAUCCUACAGCGCCUCAGACAGUGGCUUGGGUCUAGUGGACAAGCUGUUAAACUCCCGCCGGGUCAGAGACGCUCCGAACAUCCUGAUUCUCCACGUCACCUCCUUCCCCUUCACCCUCCAGACUCAGUACACUCGCAUCAGCCCCUACAACGAGAUCCACUGGCCCUCUGCCUUCAGCAAUGAUGUGGACCUGUAUCACGAGAGGACGCGGUACUUUGGCGUGUCGGAGCUUCUAGAGUCGACUCGUUCAGGAAGCAGUCUGCCUCUGAUGCGUCAUGAUUCCUCCUUUGAGAGCAUGGCCUCCACCCUGGAAGAAAGGUUCCCUAAGCUGCACAGUGCUGUGAUCCGCACCACUGUCCUCAUCCAGCACUACUGCAUAGCCCUGAUGGCUGCGUCAGGCAGAAUCGGCGGCUCCCCCAACUUGCACAAACACACCUCCGUGGAGACCCUGGAGAUUGUGCAAUCACUGCUCACUGCUGCCCAGCAGUGUCCUGCCCAGCACGGCCACAUGGUGCUGCUGCGGAUCCCGUCUCUGGCCCUGGCUGCGUGGGCCCAUCGGCGGCUCACCAGAGUGAGGAGGCAGCUGGGUCUGGAGGAGAGUUUUGAGAUCAUACUUGGAAAUCACAACCAAGCUCUGACUAUUGGACAGACCUUCACUGAUCAGAUCAAGAAAUGGCUGCAGAUCGAGGAUAAUGAAUGGGUUCCUCGUACCUACCUGGAGCUCGAGGCACUUCCCUGCAUCCUGAUCCUGUCCGGAGCUGAGCCACUGGGAGAAUCACUGCCCAGGUCACUGAAGUACUGCGACCUUCGGUUGAUAAGCUGCUCGUACCUUCAGCGGACCACGCUCGAACAAGAGCUGGGGCUGGCUGCUUAUCUGGUGAAGGAGGAGUCCCGACCCCCACACAACCCCGGCCCAGGAAGCGACCAGCUGGAGAGCGACGCCGACAAACUCAGCAGCACUGACAACGAGGAGGAGGAGGGACAGGAGAACGCCGACUCCCCUUUGUCCUCCAGUCAGCAGCUCCAGUCGUGUCCAGACACUGGAGCUUUAGAUUCCCUGAGCACCACUUCUCCAAAUGUCCAGAAAGGCACCGUGGACGCGGUGCAGUCUCCCUCACAGGCGCAGUCUCAGUUUAAAUCCCAGACUUCAUCUCAGUCUUUUCAAGCUACACCACAAACCCAACCUCCAGCACAAAGUUUUUCCCAGACCCAACCCAUCUCCCAGCUGCAGACACAACCCCAAGUCCAGAGUCUGAAUCCGCCAGUACCUCAAACAAAUCCCCAGCAACAAGCUCAGACAUUUCCCCAGCCCCUCUCCCAAACACCCAACCCUCAGACUCAGCCGCUCCCCCCUGCCCAUUCACUCCAACACUCCAAGUCCACUUCCUCUGGCUCAUUGUCCCCCCGCUCCUCCUCUCCUCACCUGAGCUGCUCCUGGGCGCGGGGAGUGAGUCGCCCCCCCUCCGUGCUCCUCCCCCGAGCUCUGUACGACAUCAUCACCGCCAGCGACAGCAGCGGCCUCCCGCGGUGUACCUCCUUCCUGCCGCACAUGUCCGUGGUGUGGGCGAGCAGCUUCAGGCCCUUGCUGAGUAAGAUGAUGACCUGCACGGAGCAGUCCCUGUACUAUCGGCAGUGGACGGUCCCUCGCUCCCUCCACAUGGACAGCAGCAAUCGCACAGAAGGACGCAGCGACAACUUCCACCCCCGCAGGCUGCUGCUCAGUGGACCCCCGCAGGUGGGAAAGACGGGGGCGUACCUGCACUUCCUGGGUAUUCUGUCUCGGAUGCUGAUUAGGCUGAUGGAGGUGGACAUCUACGAUGAGGAGGACAUCAACUACACUGCCCAGACGGAGGGGGUGCAGUACCACCUACCCAAUGCUCCCUGGCCCAACCCAGACAUAAUGAGGACGAUGCCCUUUGACUACACCAUCCAUGACCCAAAAUAUGACGAUAUCAGCGCAGUGUAUUGUCCCGGACAUGGAACCACUGCUGAGGGAAACCCAGUGCGUCAGGAGGAUGUGUACCUACGAAGACGGACAUCCAGGAUUAAGCUUUCUAAAUAUGCAGCGUACAACACCUAUCACCACUGUGAACAGUGUCACCAGUACCUGGGCAUCAACCCCAGAUACCAGAUGUAUGAGUCGACACUGCACGCCUUCAUGUUCACCCAUCUGCUGCUUGGGGAAGAGAUCCAGCUCUACUUCAUCAUCCCCAAGUCCAAAGAGCACUACUUCAGCUUCAGCCAAUCAGGAGGCCAGCUGGAGAGCAUGCGGCUGCCGCUUACUUCUGAUUGGAGCCCGGACUGCAUCAAGACUCCAAUCUUCACUCCGACCACCGGGCGCCACGAGCACGGCCUGUUCAACCUGUACCACGCGAUGGACGGCGCCUCACAUCUCCACAUCCUGGUGGUCAAAGAGUACGAGAUGGCUGUUUAUAAGAAGUACUGGCCCAACCACAUCAUGCUGGUGCUGCCCACUGUGUUCAACGGAGCUGGAAUAGGCGCUGCUCACUUCCUGAUCAAAGAGCUCUCAUAUCACAACUUGGAGCUGGAGCGCAGUCGCCGGUUGGAAGGAGGCGGCCCGGCCGGGGACGUCUGGCCCUUCAUCAUCCUGUCUGACGACUCCUGUGUUAUGUUUAACGCAGUGGACCUCGACGCACGCAAUGGCCCGACGGAGCGCGCCGUGUCCCUGAAACACGUCUUACAGCACAUGGAGGCGUGUCCGGACCUGGCCCACUACGGACUGUGCGGGAUCAGGAAGUGGAGCAGCCGCGGAUUCACAGGUAACAGGCAGAGGGAGCCCUUCUCCAGAGGACACCUGCAUGACUUCCUCCUCCUCAACGCGGACCGGAGUCAGAACAUCCAGUACGACCAAAACCGCUUCACCUGCCACGACGUGGACUUCACCCUGCGGCUGCACAGCGCCGGGCUGCUCGUCUGCAGGUUCAACAGCUUCAGCGUCAUGAAAAAGCAGGUCGCCAUCGGAGGAUACAGGACCUUCAUAAUCAAGACCAAGAUGACAGAUGUGCCCACCUCAGUGGGGCCCUCUCAGUACAUCUGUGCCCCAGACAGCAAACACCUCUUCUUGGCCACACCAGCUCAGCUGCUCCUGGAGAAAUACCUGCAACACACCAGCCAGAAACUGUUUCCUCUCAGCACCAGGAACUACACACACCCCGUACUGUCUGUGGACUGCUACCUCAACCUGGGACCUGAGGUGACGCUGUGUUUCGUGAGUUCCAGACCUCACUCUGUCAACAUCAGCACCACAGGGCUGCUGUUCAGUGGCCUCCUCCUCUGUUUCGCUGAUUCCUUCGUCACUCCCGGCUUCCUCAAGAAGUUCACCUUCCUCAAAGGUGCCACUCUGUGUGUGAUCAGUGCAGACCGCAGCUCGCUGAGGCAGACGGUGGGCAGGCUGGAGCUGGAGGAGGAGUGGAGGUUCCGGCUCAGCGACGAGUUCCAGACGGCCAACGCCAAAGAGGACCGACCGCUCUUCUUCUUGACUGGGAAACAUAUAUGACGGGAACGCGUGGACACAGUGAGCUACAAACAGUCAGGACUUGAAUUGCCAAAGAGAAGCUGCAGUGUUGAAUGUACUCACUCACUUUGAUGGUCUGGCUUGCUCCAUGAAUUGUGCCUUUCAAGAGUUCACACUAAAGCCUGAAACAUGCUUCUGCGACUGCGUCUGCGUCUUUUCACGCCGCUGUGGCGCAAGACUCGUUUUCAUUCAUGCUUCCCCAACCGUUGCGCGUCUUACAAAGCAAUUCCGCGCCAGAACACUAGGCGGAGUAAUGCUUUUUGCCGAGAGACGCCUUCU